GCCUCCCCUUUCGUCUGCCCGCGUCACACGGCCGACGAACCGGAUGCGAGGCCGCCACCGGCGCCGGAUAUAACGAACCAGCGAGGCGGUUCCGGUAAGGACGUGUACAGGCUCCGACCGCCAUUGCUUCUACUCGUACCGUCCCGGCCAAACGAACUACACGUCGUCGGAUCUACACGCGGUUAAAUGUGCUCCGCGUUGACCCGCCAUGAGCCGAUUCUUCAAGUACGACAUUGUGACCCUCAUCGAACUCAUUGAGAACCGUCCGUGUUUGUGGGACAAGACUGUCGAGAACUUCAACGAUAAAGUCGAGAAACUUGAAGCAUGGAGGUCGGUGUGUGCUUAUCUGGAGCCGGACUUUAUGCAGAUGGAUAAAGCAGAACAACAGAAAACAGGAGAAAUUGUCAAAACCAAAUGGCAGAAUCUGAGAGACUCUUUUGUCAAGUCCCUGAAGAAGAGGUCAGGUCAGGCAUCCUCCAAGAAGUACCUGUACCACGACAACCUGCAGUUCCUGCUCAAGGUUCUCCACAAGGAGGACCCGGACUACCACGACACCCUACACUCUAGCUACAGCGAGUUCGGCGAGGACGACUCGCUGCCAGAAGUCAAGAAGGAACCCUGUGAUUCUUCCAGCUUCGGCAUGAAGGUCUGCAUUCCCUUCCUAUCCAGGAAGAGAGCUAAGAUGCAGGAGGAGCUGGAGAAGGAGCUGGUCAGCUUCAACAAGGCCAACCUGGACGAAGAUGAGGCCUUUUUUAUCUCGGUGCUUCCGUCUGUGCGGAGACUGUCGGAAGAUUCUAGAUUGGAAUUCCGCAUGGGGGUUCUUCAACUGCUGAAGGAUAUGAAUGCCAGAGACAGACAAUCAGUUGUGUCUCCUCAUGACUCUGCCUAUUGACUAAAUCUUAUUUAACUCCUGGAUUUAUUGUUGAAUAUUUAUUUUCUUUCUACUGACUCAUGAUAUCAUAUACUUUUUAAAUUGUACAUUAAAUAAAUAUCUUCUUAUACACUA